AUGGCGCUUAUCCGCCACCGACGCCACCCCAAUCUCCGCCUCUCCGUCUUGGAGCCCUCCGAGCGCAACCGCAACUUUUCGCUUUCCUUCUGUCGAAGCUCUCCCACCACCAUCAAACCCGCCGCCGAGGAUGUCAUCACCGCCGCUGACCUCGAGAACCUCGCAGUGCUCGGUCACGGCAAUGGCGGUACCGUCUACAAGGUCCGCCACAAAACUACCUUGGUCACGUACGCUCUUAAAGUAAUCCACAGCAACGCAGACGCCACCACACGCCGCCGCGCAUUGUCAGAAAUCUCCAUUCUCCGACGCGCCACAGAUAGUCCCCAUGUCGUGGGCUUCCACGGCUCCUUCGAAAAGCCCUCCGGCGACUUAGCCAUCGUCAUGGAAUACAUGGACGGCGGAAGUCUCGAGACCGCUCUUGCGGAUGGCACAUUUUCUGAAGAACGCCUCAAAGUGGUGGCGCGUGACAUUCUGGAAGGUCUAGCUUCCCUUCAUGAGCGACACAUCACGCACCGUGACAUCAAACCUGCGAAUAUCCUCUUAGAUUCGAAGGGAGAGAUUAAAAUUGCAGACUUUGGUGUUAGCAAACUCAUGUGUCGCACACUCGAAGCAUGUAACUCUUACGUUGGCACGUGCGCGUACAUGAGUCCAGAACGGUUUGACCCAGAAGCACACGGAGGGAACUAUAACGGUUUUGCCGCCGAUAUUUGGAGUUUCGGUUUGACCCUUUUCGAACUCUACGUGGGUCACUUCCCAUUUCUUGAAGCGGGUCAGCGACCCGAUUGGGCUACCCUUAUGUGUGCCAUUUGCUAUGGUGACCCGCCGAGCCUACCGGAGUCAGCAUCGCCGAAGUUUCGCAGCUUCAUCGAGUCCUGUCUCAAGAAGGAGUCUCAAGAUAGGUGGACGGCUGCCCAACUCUUGACCCACCCUUUUGUAAGUAAAGACCCGGAAACUCACUAA